AUUUUUGCUUUGUUGUUAUAAGCUACUAAUAUAAUAUGUACUAUCUACUUAACUGUUCAAUGACGCUUUUAUGGCAGAUUAGGUCUGCCUUUCACGGAAGACCGCUUUGCAAAGCGGGCCUAAACAAUACGAUCGGAGAUAUCGCAACUUAGCGAUUUGUUGUCGUUGAAGUUUUUUUACGCAGGUGUUUCCCCACACGCACUUCAGCUAGGCACAGUCAUAAACCUACUUUAUUUUAUUUUGUGUAAUAAAAGUAAAAAUUGGAAACACCGACGUAAUUUUUUCGCAGUGUUUUAUUAUUUUGCUCAAGCUGAUUGAUAAAAAAUACUACUUUUAUCGCUAAAACAUUUAUUAAAACAGAAAAUACUGUAGUCUUUUAUAUUGAAAAUCAAAUUAAGUGCCUAGGAAUGCAGACGAUAAGUAUCGAUGUUUUGCUUCUGCUCGUGAGCUUCGUCGGUGGACGACACUGGCAGACACCGCGCGUGCGGGACGGGCAAGACGAUGUCCUCAACGAAUUCCCCUACGUGGUCAGUCUACAGUCAGCAUACUUUGGACGCGACGACGAAAACCCGGAACAAUACAUAUCUACGUUGUUGCGAGGAUGCACGGGAACCCUCAUAGGUCCCAACUGGGUCCUCACCGCAGCACACUGCCUUGACCCAUAUCUGUCCUUCGUACGGUUCGGCAACAUGACUAUCCCACCGAGUGCCACGUCUCUAAGGAAAAUCUUGAAGAUGAUAUCCCAUCCAAGUUUCAAGCAAGUUGAGAAUUUUCCAGAUUAUUCCUGUCAAAAUGAUAUUGCUUUGAUAUUGAUCGAGAGUUUGCAUAUGCCGUCGGUGGGGAUAUUAUCGGCAGUGGACUACAAAACGUUGGUUGGUCGCAAAGUGAGAUACGCUGGCUUUGGUGCUACAGUUUCUUCUUCGGAUUAUGAUAAUCGGUUGGAUGAUGAGUUUAGGCCGUUGCAGUUAGGUGAAGGGGUGGUGGUUUCGUGUGGCCACAAUUUGCUGGAGUGGAGGCCAGCUGUGUGCGUGGCGCCCAAAUGUUCGAACGCGCGGCACGACACGAUGCCUGGCGACUCCGGUGGCCCAUUGUUUCACGACGGAAAGAUUGUGGCCGUAGUCAGUGGAGGGGAAAGUGAACCAGAAGGCAUCUAUACUCCGGUCAGCCCUUAUUUAACUUGGAUUAAAUCAGUUAUGACAGAAAAUAGAUCUUAACUCGCUAAAUAAAUCUAAAUUGCAGCUACA